UGGAGUAACCCAGACCCGUGUCUGAACGGAGGGGGGGUUGAGGAAACGCGCAUGCGGCCAGGGGCUGGCGUCUGGCGAGGUUGCAGCUUGUUAUUUUGUUCUCUCUCUCUAUCUCAAUCAAUCAAAGCCGGGAGAGCAGCCGGGUGUGAGAGACAGGGAGCAGGAGGGAGAGAGGAGGCUGAGGCAAUGGAAACAACACAGCCUUCUGCUGCACAGGGGUGAGAGGCAGGGAAGAAAUGCCACAUCACGCCAGCGACUGAGGAUUUUAAAAAGGAAGAAGAGAGACGAGAUGCUUCAUCAUCCGCUGCUUUGACAAACCGUGUGUUGGCGGAUCGGUGCUGAGGAUCGCUUGGAGAAGGAAGAGCACACUCGUGGGGAAAGCGGCACCGUCACAUCAAGAGAGGAGUGAUGCACACACAAAAGCGGUGCGGGUUUGCUCUUGUGUGUCGCCAGGCGGAGAGGAGUGGAGAGCGGGGCGCCGCGCUGCAGGCAUGGAGACUGUGAAUGGGAGCGCCGAGGUCAAGCCGCAGUACGUGGAGAAGAAGCGGCUGAACCGAGCUCCUUCCCCGGCCAGACCGUUGAAGGACCUACACUGCCGGGCGGCGGCUAAGCCCUCGGUGCCUUGCAAGCCCGGGCUUCUGCCUUCCUCGCCGGCUUCCCUCUCUCUGUCCAAACAGCAGCUGCAACAGGUCACCGGUGUCCUGGCUUCACAGAGCCGGCCGUCGCGGCGGAGCGGCGCCCCGGGGAACAAGGACAAAGGCUCGGCGGCCAAAGCCGGCGGCUCUUGCUCCAAGACCUCGCUGUCGGUCGGUCACUUCGCCAAGAGGCUCUCGGCCAAAGGGCACCAGGAGAAGGGAGGCAGACAACAGCAUCAGCAGCAAGCGGCACAAGGCGCCGAUCAUCAUCAUCAGUACAAGGGGCAGGGCAGGAGGGUGAAGAAAUGCCUGGUGGCCGAGCCGGGGCCGGUGGCCUCGCUGCCCGCCAGCCUAGCCCUCGCCUUGGCCAAGCCCAGCCACACGGACAGCAGCUCCGACCUGUCCGACUGCGCCUCCGAGCCCCUGUCGGACGAGCAGCGGCUGCAAGCGCAGGAGGCGGCGGGCAGCACCAGCGAUGCAGAGUCAUGCGGCGGGUCGAGCGACGCCGAGAACGGCAGGAAAGGCAAAGGCAGCCGGGGUCAGACGGCGCCCAACGCGGGCUCGGACCAGGGGCAGGGGCAGCGCCGCUCGUCCGGCAAAGGAGGAAGAGGUGGCGGAGGCGAGGCGAUGAAGGUGGGAUCCCCGGCUAACGGGAGGCGCGGCGCCAGGACUGGCAAAGCCCGCAAACAGUCCGAGCCGGGGUCGGGGCCUGGCGGCUCCCGGGAGACUGAGCUGCUCCGGGAGAUCGAGGAGGUCCGCUCCGAGAAUGAUUACCUUAAGGAUGAGUUGGGUGAGCUGCGGUCGGAGAUGGAAGAGAUGCGGGACAGCUAUUUGGAGGAGGAUGUGUAUCAGCUGCAGGAACUGCGCAGAGAGCUGGAUCGCUCCACCAAAAACUGCCGGAUCCUGCAGUACCGCCUCAGGAAGGCUGAGCAGAAGAGUCUGAAGGUUGCACAGACCGGCCAGGUCGAUGGGGAACUGAUAAGAAAUCUGGAGCAAGACUUGAAGGUUGCCAAAGAUGUGUCCGUGCGGCUGCACCAUGAACUGGAGAGCGUUGAGGAAAAACGCGUGAACGUAGAAGAUGAAAACGAAUCCCUCCGACAAAGGCUCAUUGAAGUCGAAAUCUCCAAGCAAACGUUGCAGAACGAACUGGACAGGAUCAAAGAGAGUUCUUUGAAGAGAAGGGGGAGCCGAGAGCUGUACAAAGAUAAGAAGAGUGCCACCCAGGAAGACAGCGCUGACCUCAAGUGCCAGCUCCAGUUUGCGAAGGAGGAAGGCUCCUUGAUGCGCAAGAAAAUGGCCAAGUUGGGGAGGGAGAAAGACGAGCUGGAUCACGAGCUGCAGAAGUACAGGUCCAUCUAUGGCGACGUGGACAGCCCGCUGCCGACCUGCGAGGCGGGGGGACCGCCCAGCACCAGGGAGGCCGAGCUGAAGCUGCGACUGAAGCUGGUGGAGGAGGAGGCCAACAUUCUGGGCAGGAAGAUCGUGGAGCUGGAGGUGGAGAACAGAGGCCUGAAGGCCGAGAUGGACGACCUGAGAUGCCAGCAAGACAGGGACGGCCUGAGCCACGAACAACACCAGCAGUGCCUGCCCGGCUCACCUUUCGCUGACUCGGCGGAGUCAUCCUGCGAGCUGCGCCGACACCUACAGUUUGUGGAGGAGGAGGCCGAGCUGCUUCGACGCUCCAUCGGCGAGAUCGAAGACCACAAUCGGGAGCUGAUCGACGAGCUGAACGUGCUGAAGGGUGGGCCCGGCCACCCGGAGAUGGGUUGUGCGGAGGGAGGAGGCGGUGGCGGCGGGGCAGGAGGGUUGCUGCAGGAGGAGCUGAAAGCGUCACGGCUACAGAUCAACGAGCUGAGCGGCAAAGUGAUGAAGCUGCAGUACGAGAACCGUGUGCUCAUCUCCAACGUGCAGCGCUGCGACCUGGCCUCGCACCUGGGCCUCCGCGCCGCCAGCCCCCGCGACAGUGACGCCGACAGCGACCCGGGCAAGAAGGAGAGCGACGGCGAAGAUGGCCACCCGCCCGUCCCUCAGCCCAAGCGCGAAGGCCCGGUGGGCGGCGAGAGCGACUCGGAAGAAGUGUGCGAGAAGACGCCGGACUGCAGCCUGGAGCUGCUGAGGAAGCGGGAAGACACUGAGUCGCUGGCGGGCAUCAAGCGGGAGGCUGAGCGCCUGGGCCGCACGGUGCAGCGACUCAUCACCGACACCGACAGCCUCAUCUACGACGCCAGGCUGAUGGUGACCAGCGCUGGGCCCGACCGGGCCGGCGAAGAUGGAGAACCCGAGCUUCUAGACACCAUCAGCACCAGGAUGAAGGCGUUCCGCUCUGAGCUACACGCCUUCAUGGACAGCGUCGACCACCUCGGCGAAGGGCUGCGGGAUCAAAUGGAUGAACUGUCGCCCAUGCCCAACCUGACCGAGUCUACAAGCUUCCUCUCCACGGUCACCUCCAUGUCUCGGGACUCUCCAGUUGGCACGUUGGGGAAGGAGCUGGUCACCGACUUCCAGCAGUCCAAACCGAGGGAUCAGCCAGCAUGGCAACUAGUCCCCGAACAUACACAGGAACAAGAGAACCUUCAAAAUCGAGGUGUGAUGGACCAAAGCCGCAAAUCUGACGGAGACUACAAAAUCUAUGGAACGGAAAGCAAGAACUGCUUCAGUCCAGAGCUUAGGGAACCCCAUGUUGUGCCAGAACAGAAUCUAUCUGUCCAAGAACUACAGGUUCGGCUAGAACAGGAAAGACAGCUUCGAGAGGAUGAAAACGAAAAAUUCACCAGCAAGAUUCUUCAGAUUGAGGAGGAAAACCAGAAGAACCUGCUCAGGAAAGAUUAUGAAGUGCAAAGCCUCAACCUGCAGAAUAGGCUGGAGCAAAAGUCCUGGAGUCAUGAGAGGACACUGCUUCUGCAGGAGAUGCGAAUGUUCAAACAGAACACCUUCCUCUUCUACGUCAAACUGAAAUGGUUGCUCAAACAUUGGCGGCAAGGCAAGAAAGUAGAGUAUGGCGGAGAGGACAUUUUUGAGCUUGAACAGAUUGAAAGCCUGCCUGAAUUUAACCAGCUUCUUGAACAGACAGAUCUGGACCCUGACCAAGAGGACAGUGGCUACGUGCUGACUGAAUACUUCCAAUUUUCCCCUUCAGAGAGUGAUGACUACAGGCCUCAGUUACAAACAAAAGAAUUACUUCAACACCAGAAGCAGGCCAGAGAAAACCGAAGGAUCCUAAUUGCUCUGAAGUCUAUUUUGGAAGAGUUUGGUGCAGAGCUUGGGGAGGAGGAGAAACGGCGCCAGGAACUACAACAGCAAUAUGUCAAUGAGAAAGCAGCCAGGGAGAUGGAAUACACCGAGAAAAAAUGUCAAUUGGCCCAGUUUGAAGAGAAAAUCGGGAAGCAGGCCAGCAAGAAGGGCUCCGACGAUCCCAAGGAAGUGUUGACCCGGGAGCGGGAGGAGCAGCAGAAGCUGCUGGCGGAUAGUCACAGUCAGGUCAUGGAUUUGCACUGGCAGCUGCAGCAUUCCGAGAAAAUCUGGAAGCGAGAGAAAGAGGAGCUGCUGGACAGGUUCGAGCGAGAGCAGCGAGAGUGGGAAUGGCAGAUUAAAGAGCUGCAGAGCAAGCUGAAGCAGCUCCAGACAGACUCCAAGCCAUGGAGAGGGGAAAGUCUUUUCACGGACCAACAGGAGCCACUGCUGGAAGCCUUGGAACAGUGCCCGGUACGAGAGAGCAUCCACAAUCGUCGCUUGCAAGGCCAUAGGCCUUUCUGGGAAUCGGAGCAACAGCAGUGCAGAGAGCAAGCAUCCUUUGCAAUGAAGGAGGGUGCCAAGUUCCACACUCCUCCAAAGUUGUUCCUUGAUACCUUGUUGCUUGGUUCAGCGGGUAAUGCCAAGAUCCCUCAGCCUUGCGACCUGGAAAACGAGAAGAAAAAGAUUGCAGUCUGCAUUGGUGAGGCCCUGAGUGAAAUUUGUGGGACAAAGGAUGCUGCUGAGUUUCAAGAAGAGGAAACGCGUAAGGCAAAUCUCCAGAGGGCAAAGUCUGUUUCCUCCAUGUCCGAGUUCCAGCGUUUGAUGGACAGUUCUCCAUUUCUCCCUGAGAAGCACUUUGCUGACGACCCCGAUCAACACGCCUACAUCACCAAGGAUGAGACCACACCGCCGCUGUCUCCAGAUGACUUGAAAUACAUCGAAGAGUUCAACGGGAAAAGCUUGCAGUACACGAGCAAAGAUAAGCCAGCAGAAGCCUGGUUGGAAAAGAGCGAAGGUGAGAUAACAGCGAACCGUUUACCAGCAGAGCCUUUCCAGGCUGGCCCGUGGUUCCUCACAACCAGCGUCACCAUGACGACCAGCACGGUGAGCGGGCAUGAUUCUGCCCAAAACCAGCACGGUGGCUUGGGUCCGGACAAGAUAGGAAUGCGACUGUACCACAGCCCACCGGUGAUCCGUAGAUUUGAUGGGGCAACUCGACCAAAUAAUGAUGGGGUAAAGGUGCCAGAUCCAGACUUUGCUUUUUCCAUGAUCAAGUCAAAUGGGAACGAGCCCAAAGGAGGAUCACCAAAUGUGUUUGGAAGGUGGCCGUGUGAGAUUGGAAAGCAUCACAAAGAUCUGCUGGAGGGCGGUCUCCAUCCCAUGGAGCACCCAAUCUGUAGCACCGUGGGCUUUGCUUCAUCACUGCAUGAUCUUAACAUAUCUGGCAACAUGAGUGAUGACAUGAAAGAAGUAGCGCAUUCAGUCAUAAGUCGAAUACGAUCUAACUCAAUGGAGCCCCAGUUCAAAGACAUUGCCUGCCAGACCAUCGGUGCUACAAGUACAGGGACACAGACCACACAGACCAGCAGCGUAGGCUUGCAGACCGAGUGUCUUAGGAACAUCACCAGCAGUCCGCACAAGUGCUUGACACCAAGGGGAGGUUCAACACCCGUAUCCUCUCCCUCACGAAGUCUGCGAAACAAGCAGCUGGCACCUGGAGUUGAGAAAAUGCAGGCCAAGUUCGAGCGGGCAUGCUGCUCACCCAAGUAUGGCUCCCCGAAGCUACAACGAAAGAUCUCUGCAAAGUCAGAUCAGCCUAAGGAUCGAAUUUUGCCCACUACACCACAGAAGGGGUUCAACGAAUCGGCUUGGGCAAGGUCGACCACCACGCGAGACAGUCCGGUUCACACCACCAUUAACGAUGGCCUCUCCAGUUUGUUCAAUAUCAUAGAUCACACGCCUAUAGCUUGUGACGGAGUGCAAAGAUUGUCCAGGUCCGUGAGUAAGCCAAAGCCUAUUGAUUCCAGGUCGAACUAUGUCUUCGUUCAGGAGUUUCUGAAGACUGUCCGUGGCAGAUCGCCAAGUCCAGUCUGUGUGACGGUGGAAUUAGAGCUGGAAACAGAUGGCGAGGAUUUUGUUGGGAACCACGAAUUGUCUAUUUCUCCGGGAUAUUGCCUUACUGAAAGCCCUGCCAGGAUCUUAAACAAACAGCUCCUCGAACAGGGCCUGGAUGAGGAACAAAAUCAAGCUAAGAACAACCAGAAAUCUGCCAAUGAUGAUAGUAAGGAUGAAGAUCCAGAUGGAAUUUCCCCAAACUCGCUCGAGGAGUUCCCUUGGUCCUCAGUAGCUCCACCACUGGAACCCUGCUUCUCACGACCUGCCAGGCCAGCCAACCAGCGUCCGCCAUCGCGAUGGGCUGCAUACUCCCCUUCUGCCUCCCUGUCGUCAUCCCCUGAAGAGUUGAUUUGUAUGGAUCUACCCAGUGCCUGCGACCCACCUGCAAUGGAUCACGAACACGACCCAGAGCGCAAGCCUGCAUAAUCCACACGUUAGUUGUAAGGAACAUUGUAAUUGACUGUCACCGCGACUCCAUGUAGUGGACAAACUACUCGACAAAGCUGGAACGUGCUGUUGUGUAUUAAACACAAAACACAAUGGCUACACCCGGACUCAGACUGAGAGUACUGUCCAUACAGAUGGCUCUAAAGAUGGCAAUUCCUUUGCUUGUUACGCAGUGGUUUGUGAAUCUCUUAUUCAUUUUGUUUGGCUGUUUCGAUAAGCAAACAAAACAAGAUGAAGGAUGCACAGUGUAGACUCUGAAGAGAAGCUCCACACAUCUUGUGCUCUUCCUUCAUUGGGGCAGGUGUGAUGAGGAUUUAUUGUUACCCCCCAAGUUCAAUUCUUAAACCAAUAGACAUGUAUUCAGUGUCAUUUUCCUGACAGCUGGGAAUCAAGUGUUAAGCUCCUGAAUAAGACAAUGUUCACCUGAAUCAGACAUGUCUGUGGCCGCGAUUGAGAUGUACUUGCCCGUGAUUUAAGGCCAAAUCAAAUGCUUCCAAUCCAUCAGUGGGAAGAAGUGGUGACGCUCAGUCCCAUCCUGUCAAAGAUGUUGCUGGCUGGCUACCAAGCUUCAGUGCAGGUAUUAGUUGAAUCACCCGGCCAUUCCUGAUGGUUACAUGGGGGGAGCGAUAGAUCGAUUCAAGUGGGGGAAUUUUUAAUCUAGUGAACAAAAUUCCAAUAAAUGCAAAAAAGAAUGUUUAAAAGAAUUACUACAAUAUAAAAUAUUAUAGCUACUAUAUCUACACAGUCUUGUAAUUCAUCGCUUACUGUAGCUUCACAGUGUUACCAUGUAGAGUUGCACACCCUAGCAAGAUGGUUACGGUGCUAAGGUAUUUGCCUGUAAACGUACACUAUACAAUAGAGGAAGGUUCUCGAGAAGUUGAAGGGGUUAAAGUGGUCUCUCAGUAAUUUGGGCUGCCUUUCUUUUACAUUGCACUGUAUUGGUUUCCAUGUAUAAUAGUGCUGAUUAUAUUCUUUUAAAAAAAAACAUUAAUUUUUUAUUUUACUAUUGAUACCAGUGUGAUUUUUUGUAACUUGCUUCAUAUGAAUUGAAGCUUUAGUUAGGAUGACACAGAGUUUACGAUGCUCACGAGUAAAAUGAGCUCAACCGUCCAGGUUUAGGGACAAGAAAAAAAGUUGAAUAAAGUUAAAAAAAAAAAAAUUUGCUAGAGCUUAAAGCAAAAAAAAAGAAGAGAGGUAAGGACAGUCUUAACAAGUUAGUUGAAUGAUGGUACAAUACUUGACUUGCAUGCCAUUGGGUCCAUAGCACUUUAGUGCAUGUAUAUAGCUACUGUACCCCAAUAUCACAUUAAAAAAUGAAGAACAAAAAGACAACAAGUCCACUGUUACGAAGUUGUGAGUUUAAUUAUGUACUGUAUUUUAAUUAUUGGUGUUUCUUGCAUUAAAUAGGGAGAAAACAUUUUUAACUAAAUUAUUGUAACAGUUCAACUGUCUUGUGUACAGUAUUGAUAAUUUUUGGAAAAUAUUGAGAUAUUGUUCAAACUUAAUAUUGUCAUGAAUGUCUUUAGGGUUCAGUGUAAGGCAUAACUUACCCAUAAAUAAAGGUUUGAAUUUCCAACA